CCCCCCUACCCCCCCAAAUACGCCUCCCUAGGCCUCCAGCCCUCCCCCAUCCCCGACAUCCCCAUCUCCGCCGUCAUCCUCACCCUCUUCAUCGCCUCCGCCGCCCUCAACAUGACAAUCUUCCAGCGCAACCGCCGCCGCGGCCACAAGUUCGUCCUCUCCGGCCUCUUCUUCGGCUUCUCCAUGGCCCGCAUCAGCGCAAACGUCAUGCGCAUCGUCUGGGCCUGCUACCCGACCGACGGCCAGAUCGGCCUCGCCGCCCAGAUCCUCGCCUCCGCCGGCGUCCUCCUCAUCUUCGUCGUCAACCUCAUCCUCGUCCUGCGCAUCCUGCGCGCCUACCACCCCCAUCUGGGCUGGAGCACCCCCGUCCGCAUCGUCUUCCGCUCAUUGUACGCCUCCGUCGCCGCCUGUCUCGUCAUGCUCAUCACCUCCGUCGUCUACGCCGCCUACACCCUCGACCAGGCCGCCAUCGACAAGACCCACGACGUCCAGGUCGUCGCCGUCACCUACUUUGCCUUCCUCGCCUUCCUCCCCAUCCCCGUCGUCGCCCUCUGCUUCAUCAUCCCCCGAAGGCAGCGCAUCGAAAAGUUUGGCGCCGGAAGCAUGCGGUACAAGCUCUUCCUCAUGCUCUUCAGCGCGAGCCUGCUCACCCUCGGCGCCGCCUUUCGCGCCGGCGUCGCCUACUACCGUGUCCCCGUCAGCCAGCCACGGUGGUUCCAUCACAAGGCGUGCUUCUACUGCUUCAACUAUGCCAUUGAGCUCAUCGUCAUCUUCACGUAUGCCCUGUCGCGGUUCGAUAAGCGCUUCCAUAUUCCCGACGGGAGCAGCUCGCCUGGACACUACGUCAAUGGCGUGAAUGGUGGUGAGGGUGACGGGCGCGUGUUUGACGAGGAGCUUCCAGGCAAUGUGUCUGAGCGGGCAAUGAACAACUCGUCGCGGGACUCGCAGCUGGAACACAAGAUUGAGCUGCAGGCGACGGCUCGAUAG